CGCGUGUCAGAUGAGCGGGUUCAGAGUUUAUGCCAUAAAUAAUAAUCCUCAUAUUAAUCAUCAUCAUCAUCAUCAUCAGCAGCAGCAGCAGCAGCAGUCAUGAAGGGCAGAUUCAACACGGUGGACAUCAGAGCCGCCAUCGCGGAAAUCAAUGCGAGUUGUGUAGGAAUGAGAGUCAACAACAUCUAUGACAUCGACAACAAAACAUACCUGAUCAGACUGCAGAAGCCGGACUGUAAGGCGGUGCUGCUGAUCGAGUCUGGCAUCAGGAUUCACUGCACAGAGUUCGACUGGCCAAAGAACAUGAUGCCGUCUGGAUUCGCCAUGAAGUGCCGCAAGCAUCUGAAGUCCCGCCGCCUGGUGCACGUGCAGCAGCUUGGAGUUGACAGAAUCGUGGACCUUCAGUUCGGGUCCGAUGAGGCGGCGUAUCACCUGAUCCUGGAGCUGUACGACAGAGGGAACAUCAUCCUGACAGAUCAUCAGUUCAUGAUCCUGAAUCUGCUGCGUUUCCGCACGGCGGAGGCUGAAGACGUGAAGAUCGCAGUGAGGGAACGAUAUCCAGUGGAGAACGCCAGAGCAGAGGAGCCAAUCAUCAGCCUGCAGAGACUCUCUCAGGUUCUGUCUGGAGCUCAGGCUGGAGAUCAGCUGAAGCGGCUCCUGAAUCCUCAUCUGCCGUACGGUGGGCCACUCAUCGAGCACUGUCUAGAGACUGUGGGGAUGUCCUGCCUCUAUAAAGUGGACAGUCAGACUGACCUCGCACAGGUGAGUCUGAGGGUUCUGGAGGCUCUACAGAUGGCUGAAGACUACAUGCAGAAGUCAGCCAACUUCAGUGGACAGGGCUUCAUCCUCCAGAAGUGUGAGCAGAAGCCCAAUGUGUGUGCAGGAGACGCCACUGAGCUGCUGACGUAUGAAGAGUUUCACCCGUUCCUCUUCUGUCAGCAUGCGAAGAGCCGCUAUGUUGAGUUUGAGUCUUUCAACAAGGCGGUGGAUGAGUUCUUCUCUCAGAUGGAGAGCCAGAAGCUGGACAUGCGGGCGCUGCAGCAGGAGAAGCAGGCAAUGAAGAAGCUAGAGAACGUGCGGAAGGACCACCAGCAGCGCCUGGAGGCUCUGCAUCAGGCUCAGGAGGUGGAGCGGCUGAAGGGGGAGCUGGUGGAGCUGAACCUGCCGGUGGUGCAGCGGGCUCUGCAGGUGGUACGCAGCGCUCUGGCCAAUCAGGUGGACUGGGUGGAGAUCGGGCGGAUGGUGACGGAGGCGCAGGCGGCGGGAGACCCAGUGGCCUGUGCUAUCAAAGAGCUAAAGCUGCAGAGCAACCACAUCACCCUGCUGCUCAGGAACCCGGAGGCGUGUCCAGAGGGCGGAGCCGCAGAGCUGCAGAGCGGGAAGAAGAACCGCAGCCGAGAGAAACCAGUGCUGGUGGACAUCGACAUCAACCUGUCUGCACACGCUAAUGCUAAGAGGUAUUACGACAGCAAGAGGAGCGCAGCCAAGAAGGAGCAGAAAACUGUGGAGGCGGCACAAAAGGCCUUCAAGUCUGCGGAGAAGAAGACCAAGCAGACGCUAAAGGACGUGCAGACGGUGACCAGCAUCCAGAAGGCCAGGAAGGUGUACUGGUUCGAGAAGUUCCUGUGGUUCCUGAGCUCUGAGAACUAUCUGAUCAUCGCGGGUCGAGACCAGCAGCAGAACGAGAUGAUCGUCAAGCGCUACCUGCGGGCAGGAGACCUGUAUGUUCAUGCGGAUCUGCACGGAGCCACCAGCUGUGUGAUCAAGAACCCGUCAGGUGAGGCCGUGCCUCCGCGCACGCUCACAGAGGCUGCUACCAUGGCUGUGUGCUACAGCGCGGCAUGGGACGCUAAGGUGAUCACCAGCGCGUGGUGGGUUCAGCAUGAUCAGGUGUCCAAAACGGCUCCGAGUGGAGAGUAUCUGACCACCGGAAGCUUUAUGAUCAGAGGGAAGAAGAACUUCCUGCCUCCCUCAUAUCUCAUCAUGGGCUUCGGGUUUCUGUUCAAGGUGGAUGAUCAGAGUGUGUUCAGGCACCGAGGAGAGCGCAAGAUGAAGACCCUGGAGGAGGAGGAGGAGGACGGGACCAGCACCACAGAGAUCCUGGAGGAGGAAGAAGAGCUGUUGGGUGUGGCCUCCGUUCUUCAUCAUCAUCAUCAUCAUCAUCUCUGUCAGUGAUCAACGUGUGUGUGUGUUUCAGCUGAAGACAGUGGGAACGAGGCUGAGGAAGAGGAUACAGACAGCCGGACAGCAGAUGAUGAAGAGCAGCGGGUGUGUCGAAGCGAUGAGGAGGA